AGCAGGGCCACAUGUGGUUCUUGAAUGAUUCACAUGGAUUUGGAAUUGAUUUGGCUGAUUUGACUUGGGACACGAAAAAUUUUCCUUUAAAAAAAAUAAAUCUCUGCUCCUCUACCCCCCAGGGCUUGCAGUUUGUAGGUUCUUCUUUUCCAAAGGGGAGGCCUGUGCUACUCAUCAGAGUUUCAUAGCCAGUAACAGCAACAGUAGAGUGAGAUUUUGAUCAGAUUCUAGCUUGCUCUCAUGAGCAACCCGGGAGUCAAGGUGGAUCUGGAAUAGCACUGAAAUCUGAAGAAGACCCACCCGAAGCAGAUCUAGGAAAGCAGACCAGCAACAUCAGGGCUUCAAUCUGAAUAAUCCUUAUUUUAUGGAAUGACUGUGAAUGGCAUUCUUUUUUGUAAGACACUGAUUUCUGCAGAAAUUUCUCCCCUCAUCUGUGCUAGGGAAGUUUGGUGCCAGGACUACUGGAAGUUCUAGUGUAUCCAGUGAUUUGUUGUCUAUUUGCAUUGCAUUUUAACAUCUUCCACGUGAGCUAAGGCAGGCACUGCAUAAGCUCAUGUCUGCAGUAAUCUGUGACCUUUUGCUGGGCCAGUCAUCUGAAGGCUGUAUAUAACAGCAAACCAGCUGAUACAUAGAGAGGAUCAAAAUCAGAUGGGAAUGCAGAUGGUGCUGGUGCAUCUCCUGCCUCUGAAGUACUGCUCUGAAAUUAACUGGAUUCACUUCAGGUUUCUGCUGCAGAAAACUGUGAAACUGGAAAAGUCGUGAUCACUAAUAGAGGUGCCACAGCUAUUGACUACUGGGAGGGGCUGGUGACUUUUGAGGAGGUGGCCGUGUAUUUCACCAAGGAUCAGUGGGCUCUGCUGGACCCUGAUCAGAGAGCCCUCUACAGGGAUGUCAUGCUGGAGAACUAUGAAACUGUAGCCUCACUGGGAUUCCUGACGUCCAAACCUGAUGUGGUCUCUCAGCUGGAGGAAGGGGAUGCACCAUGGGUCCCUGAUUGCCAGGAGUGUGAGGAAAGGAGAAGUCUAAGACAUACUUCUGCAGUAGGUGAAGGAGUAAAUGAAGAGGAGAAUCUCCAACAGAAAAGGCUUCAAGCAGUGGAACAAUGUGGGACUUUACUGGGUAGUCUCAGAGGAAAUGAUUGUGUGCAGGGAGAAGCCAGUGGCAGUGAACUUGGAGCAGGGAGGGAGAAGGAAAACUGUGUUGGGAAGGAACAGAGAAAAUCCACCAGCCUCUAUGAGGAAGACCCCAGUGACCUCAACAAGACUAAGACACAGCAGAUGGCAGAGGGGCAGAACGUGUGUCCAGACUGUGGAAAAAUCUUCAGCUGCAACUCGCACCUGGUCAGACACCAGAGAACCCACACAGGGGAGAGACCCUACAAAUGCCCCGACUGUGGGAAGGGUUUCAGCCGGAGCUCCCAUGUGAUCAUACAUCAGAGAAUCCACACGGGGGAGAGACCCUUCAAAUGUGAUGAGUGUGGGAAAAGCUUCAAUCAGAGCCCGCAUCUCCUCCGGCACCAGAGGUUGCACACAGUGGAGAAACGCUGCAGAUUCCCGGUCUGGGCUGCUGUGAACAGUGCAUUUCCCGCUUCUGUGAGUAUCCAGCUGCCUGUCUGUGGGGUUAGGGGCCAGCUGCAGGUACCUCCAGGCUGCUCAGUGAAUCUCUGGCUCUGUCUCCUUUGACUCACAGGCAGUGCAGGAGAAGCCUUAAUCAGCUUUGUCUUUCCAUGGUUUUGCUGUCAGGCCCCUUUGCUUCCUCCCAGUCUGCUGGGAGAGGAAGGAACCUGCCUGCUCUAAAAACUCUUCUGCCUGGACUGAAGACCCCUUCGACUGAACAAGCCCUCAGCCCUGCAGGAUAUAUGAGCUAAGCCAUCCUUCUCAUGCUGGAGACCAGUCUCAGCACCAUUAGCUUGACUUCCUGCACUUAUCUGUAGCUAUUUCACAUGGAGUGGUUUCCCCAGAGGUUGUGCCCUUGGGCUAGGGACAUACAUUAUACAUAAAUUGGUUUAAGUGACCAGAAACUGGUUUAAACCUGUAACAGAACAGAUGUUCACAUGAACAAUGCGUGCCCCUGGAUGCUGAGAAUCUGCACCUCAAGCAGGAAUCCCCCACUCCAUCCCUCCUAUCUCCCACAGCACAGACCCUAGCCCCAUGGACCCUAGGCAUGUGGUAUGCUAGCUAAUGCUGAGAGGUGUCUGUGUGUGUUUCCAAUUUCACUGGGACAGGCAGACAGAACAUUGACUGCUUAGGAUAUUUUGGAGCUGAUCAACAGGUCAGCUGGUAAGCUGUUUAAGAAGAGUUUUAACUAAUGGAGAAAGGCUAUUGUUUUGCUGAUGAGGUGAGAAACACUGUUA